UUAAAUUCAUUAAAAUCAUAAAAUUAAUAACUUCCAUUAAAGUUCGUCAGAAAAUUAAAAUAUUAAAAAAUUAGUUAACAAAAUUAUAAUAGUGACAUAAUAUCAUAAUGACACACCACUAGAACUAGAAGUGUGGAUAACUCGUAAAAAGGCAUAAAAGGAGCCAGAAAAUUAGGAGAGAAGCCUUCACCAGAAUAUCCAUGGAGGUCAGCGUUCUCCGACCUAUCGCCAUCGCCGGAAAACUCACGCUUUCGCUUCUCCGACCCAAGACUCUCCCUCUUCUUCGUCUCUCACUUCCUCUAUCUCUUCCCCAUCUCUCAUCUUCUUCUUCGACCUAUCGUCUCAUUUCUCCUAUAUUAUUCGCUGCACAAGAUAGUAACCUGAGUUUGACGAAUGAAACCGAUACGAGUGAGUGGGUAAUGCAAGAUUUUUAUACAUUGAGGAAAGAUGUUGAAGUAGCAUCCGCUCGUGUUGAAGAGAUUAGAGCUUCUGCUGGUUUGCAGCAACUUGAACAAGAAAUUGCACAUUUGGAGUCAAAAGCUACUGAUACCUCCUUUUGGGAUGAUCGUGCUAAAGCUCAAGAAACACUCUCGGCUUUGAAUGAUCUCAAAGAUCGCUCGCGGUUGCUUUCGGAGUUCAAAUCCAUGGUUGAAGAUGCGGAAACCAUAGUUAAACUAACAGAAGAGAUGGACUCUACUGAUGUUAGCCUACUUGAAGAAGCAAUGGGAAUCAUCAAAGAGUUGAAUAAAUCUCUAGAUCGAUUUGAGCUAACACAGCUUCUAUCAGGACCUUAUGACAAAGAAGGCGCUGUUGUCUACAUUACAGCUGGAGCUGGAGGAACAGAUGCUCAGGAUUGGGCCGAUAUGCUGCUUCGGAUGUAUAUGAGAUGGGGAGAGAAGCAGCGUUACAAGACAAAAGUUGUCGAAAUGUCUGCUGGAGAGGAAGCAGGGAUCAAGUCAGCGACCCUUGAGAUCGACGGUCGUUAUGCCUAUGGUUACCUUUCAGGAGAGAAAGGAACUCAUAGGAUCGUACGUCAAUCACCAUUCAAUUCCAAAGGCCUUCGCCAGACGAGUUUUUCUGGCGUGGAAGUGAUGCCGCUUCUGCCAGAGGAAGCAGUAGGAGUUGAAAUACCAGAGGAGGACCUUGAGAUUACUUUCACGAGAGCAGGUGGAAAAGGAGGACAGAAUGUCAACAAGGUUGAAACCGCUGUUCGCAUAACUCACAUCCCUACCGGUGUUGCUGUCCGUUGCUCAGAGGAGAGAAGUCAAUCGGCGAACAAAACGAGAGGUCUGAGCCGGCUAAAAGCGAAACUGUUGGUGAUUGCGGAGGAGCAACGUGCGACUGAAAUUAAGGAAAUAAGAGGAGAUGUAGUAAAGGCUGAGUGGGGACAGCAAAUCAGGAACUACGUGUUUCAUCCGUACAAACUGGUUAAGGAUGUUAGAACAAGUCACGAAACUUCUGAUAUCACAUCUGUAAUGGAUGGUGACUUGGACCCUUUCAUCAAAGCUUACCUUAAGCAUAAGUAUGCUUUAGCCAUGGCUUCUGCUAUAGCCAAUUAGAAAAUGCUUAUAGGCUUCUUCCUUUUGUUUCUUUAAUUAGAUAGAAUUCUAAACUCUUCUAUUUAAUUACAACAAAAUCUUAAUCCGAAUGCUAGUGGAAGCUGUUAACGUCUUGUAGCAAUUGUAAAUCCAAAUGGAAACAAAGUAACUAGUCUCUCUUCCAAAUCAGUUUCACAAUCUCCAGCUUGAAGCUGAUCCACCUCUCA